GCCUGUGUCAGUGUACAGCCCCGCCUCUUACAAUACCGAGACAGACAGUCAGUCCAGCAGAAUGGUUGGAGGAGACAUCUGACGAAACUAAAGCAACUGAGACUGUCUCCGUGGUCUAGUGGAUAGAGCGACUGCCCAGACAGCAGAAGGUGUCUAGUCCGAUCCCUGGCCACAUCCUCGGCAUAAAGGGGCUAAGACAAGAACUGGUCGGCUUGGAAUGCCCCGAAGUGCAUCCUAUAGCUAUGUAGUGAUGAAGGAGCGGCACCUCCAGCCACUGCUUGGUGUGCUGACUGUGACAUCAGUCUUUGUGAGGGAUGCCAGAAGGCUCACAGACGUAUUCCUGCCACUCGUCACCAUGACGUAUCUGACCUGUCCACGGAGGUCAAAAUUAACCAAAGACGCAAACCAUUCUGUAAGCAACAUCUAGAUCAAAGCAUGCAGUUCUACUGCAAAGAUUGUAAGAAACUGCAAUGUCAAUCCUGUUGCAUCCUGUAUCACAGAAAGUGUGAGGCAAUUCUACCGUUUGAAUCUGUUAUGCCAGAACUGAUCAGCUGUGUUACAGGAGUUAAGGAAAGACUAGCGUCUCAUUUACAAGCAACAGACAGUUUGCUAACAGAUUUAGAAACCAAAAGGACUGAGGUAAUAAAGAACAGAGUCACCGUUCAGUGUCAGAUCCGAUCCAUAAUCCAGACAGUCACAGAAGCCAUAAAGAAGAAGAAAACGACAACUCCUGGACCAACUGGAUGACGCCACUGAGAAACAGAUCGAGCGACUGAAAACUGAAAUGAAGUCUGAGGAGAUGGCCAAGCAGAUGAUAAGUCAUCACUCUGUGAUGAUAGACAGAGCUCUGGAGUCUGGAAGUGAAAUGGACAUCUAUGAGAUAUACCUGUGGUGUGAGUCAGAGGAGUUUCCUACAGUAUACGACCCAGAUUCAGAUAUAAAAUAUGAACUGAGAGAGAAAGUAUGUUUUAUACAUGAUUGUGAAGAGAUCUGUAACAAUAUACACGAGGUAAGCUUGGGUGAAAUUGAGACCAUAUAUGAAGAUAUGUUUGUUUCUACAUCGACAUCAGUUCUGCACGACACAGUGGACAUACAAACAGAAGAUGAGACAAGUUUACCUCAUGUUUAUGACGUGGCAGUGUUCAAUGAAGGAGGUACAGACACCAUAGUUGUAACUGAUAAUAACAACAAGUGCAUCAAAUCCUUCUACACACGCCAUACUCAACCCUUUCAGAGUAAGCUCUCCGUUCAGAGCCCCCCUCGGCGGAUUGCAAAACUUAAUGCCCAUCACAUGGCAGCGACCCUUCCCGAGACAAGGGAGAUAAUAGUGAUUGAAGUGAACCCUGACCUUGUUCUUCAAUCAUACAUUUCAACAAGGAAGAAGUACUUUGGUCUGACAGCCCUGACUCCGACUACCCUGGCAGCAGGAUCCGGGUCGCCUCCCUGUGUGGACAUCCUGGACAUGGCGUGGAAUGUAUUGAGGACGCUGAAUCGUGUCACAGAUGGGGGAAUCCUUGUAUCAGAUCCUUUAUUCCUAUCUACCACCAGUCAAGGUUACAUCCUGGUGUCAUGCAGUCAUGCCCCAAGAAGUCAAAUGCUAUGUAUGACACCAAACGGAGAUGUUGUGUUUAAUUAUGUACCUACAGGACAACACCGAGUAAUGAAUCCAUGCGGCAUCACUGGAACAAACACAGGCGACAUGCUUGUUGUUGACGACAUGUCAAACAAAGUGUUUCAUUUGAGUAGUUCAGGCACUUGGUUGAGAGACGUACUGACGUCAAGCGAUGGCAUCACUUUCCCUUAUGGCCUGUACUUUGAUAAACGGAGGCGUCUGUACGUCACCAACCGCCACUGUGUGAUGGUCUACAGGUUCAAAACACGCACCAAACCAAGAGGACCUGAAGGGUGAUCUCGGUGAGUCAACAAGUGAAUAUAUAUCACUUUGAAUAGUGUAGGCGUGUUUACUGCUACUUCCGUGGUCCGAGGGCUGCGACUGUGUUCGAUCCUGAUGAUGAGGUGACAGAUGAUGAUAGAUGCACAGAGGACGCAAGCGCAUUGUAAUGAAAGAACAUGUUUACGAAACAUUUACUUUUGGAAGGUAAAAUAAAAUCAUUUUCUUAAGCUGUG